GGAUUAACAGGCGCGAUUAGACAAACUGGAAUACACGGCAGAAGGGUUGCAUAUGCUGGUGCUAUUUCUGGCGUUGCUGGCUAUCUUUAUUUCAACAAUAUGAGUUCACUCGGUAGAGCUCAGAUCCAUAAUGAUGCUAUCAUACCACCAGUGAAAGCCGUAUCAACGAAAUACAACACAGUGACAACCGACGUCAUCGACAAACUUCGCAGCGCAUUGGGAGAAGAAAAUGUUAUAACUGAUAAGGAAGUCAUACAAGGCAGUGUCAAUUCUCAAUGGUCUUAUCUCGUUGAUUUACCACCGAGUGUUAUAGUCACCCCCUCGAAUACGGAAGAUGUGGUUAAAAUUGUUAAUGUCGCACGUGAUAACCAUAUACCAAUAAUCAGUAGAAGCGCUGGAACAAGUUUAGAAGGCCACUGUAGUGCUGAAUCUGGUGGUAUAAUGAUCGAUUUCGAACAACGUAUGGCAAAUGUCUUGGAAGUUUAUCCUGAUGAUUUGCAAGUACGCGUUCAACCGGGUGUCAAAUGGGUAGAGCUCAAUGAACACCUCGAGGAAAUUGGCUUGAAUUUGUUCUUCCCCCUUGAUCCAUCUCCUGGUGCGGCAAUUGGAGGUAUGCUCUCGACCGGAUGUAGUGGUACAAAUGCCUGCAUGUAUGGUACAGCCAGGGGUGAGUGGUUUGUAAAUAUCACUGUCGUCAUGCCUAAUGGCAAAGUCAUGAAAACAAGACAGCGAGCUAAGAAAAGUUCUGCUGGUAUUGACAUGACAAAGUUAUUCGUCGGUGCUGAAGGUACCCUCGGGGUGAUAACAGAGCUGACACUCCGUUUGGCGCCAAAAGUGCCAACUUCAGUUGCUGUUGCUCCUUUUGAUUCUAUCGAGGAUGCAGCAAAAGGUGUUGCGAAGGUAAUACAAAGUGGAAUUUCCGUAAACUGUGCUGAAUUGUUAGACGAUCUAGCUAUUAUCGCUAAUAACAACAGUGGCAGCACGUAUAAAAAAUAUGAAGAAAAACCACAUAUUUUCUUCAAGUUUGCUGGUACCCAAGCACACAUGGCUGAAGAUGCUGAGCGUACCGCCGCGAUUGUUAAGGAAUUUGGCAGUAAAUUAGAGUAUGCAGAGAAUGAUGAUGAAGCUAAGAACCUCUGGGAAGCGCGUAAAUGGGGUUUGGCUAAUAUAGCCUCUAUGGUUCCAAACAGUAGAAUUUGGACAACCGAUGUGUGUGUACCGCAAUCGAAGUUACCUACUCUCGUCAAACAAAUCAAAUCAGAUGCAGUCGAAGCUGGUAUCUAUGCCCCAUUAUUGUCGCACUGCGCAGAUGGCAAUGCGCACUUCUUGUUAGCAUUCAAAGAUGACAAAGAGCGUGAAGUUGUCGAGCACCUCGUCGAAAAAAUGGUGGAAAGGGCACAGGCACUCGAUGGUACCUGCACUGGUGAGCACUCUGUAGGUGUUGGUAAGAAACAUCAUCUGGUGCAUGAAUUAGGGGAGGAAACUGUGAGAGCACUCUGGACGUUAAAGAACGCUUUUGAUCCUGAUAAUAUAAUGAACCCUGGAAAGCUAUAUCCAGAUAUUGAUACUAGACAUUAGACAAUAGACAAAUUUUACUGAGAUAUAUUACAGUUUACUUCU